AUGAUACUGUGGAGAUUUGGACCUGAAAAUUCUCUCAUAGCAAGAAUCAAUGGAGUGGCCAAAGAUAUCUCAGUAUAUGCUGAUGUUCUUGAUGGGAGAUUCAGAGACAGACUGCAAGUGAAUAAUCAGACUGGAGAUCUCAUCAUCACAAACAUCACAACUCAACACACUGGACUUUAUAAUAGAACCAUCAGUGGCAAACAGAAAAUCUCAUACAGAGUCAAUGUUAUUGUCUAUGAUGAAGUGAAGUCAGUGUUAGUAAAGCAAAGAGAUUCUGUUACUCUACACACUCAUCUUACUGAAAUACAGAAAGAUGAUGUGAUAGUGUGGAGGUUUGGACUUCAAAAGUCUCUUAUAGCAAAAAUCAACGGCGCCACCAGUGAGACCUUAAUAAAUGAUGAUGUUCUUGAUGGGAGAUUCAGAGACAGACUGAUGGUGAAUGAUCAGACUGGAGAUCUCACAAUCAUGGACACCAAAACCAAAGACUCUGGACUUUAUGAAAUGAUCAUCAACAGCGCUAAAGAGAGCUCAUACAGAUUCAAUGUUACUGUCUAUGAUUUUUUGCCGCUUCCUGUGAUCACCAGAGACUCUUCACAAUGUUCUUCAUCAUCAUCAAGCUCAAAUUGUGUUUUGUUGUGUUCAGUGUUGAAUGUGAGAGAUGUGAGUCUGUCCUGGUACAAAGGAAACAGUUUAUUGUCCAGCAUCAGUGUGACUUAUCUCAACAUCAGACUCUCUCUACCUCUGGAGGUUGAAUAUCAGGAUACAAACACAUACAGAUGUGUGGUGAACAAUGCCAUCAAAAAUCUAACUCAACAUCUCAACAUCAAUGAACUCUGUAAGCCGUGUUCAGGCUGUGUUUGCUGUUGUCAUGAUUUUGAAGCUGUGAUCCGAUUGGUCCUCUCUGCUCUGGUGGGCGUGGCUGCUGUUGCCAUUUUGGUUUAUGACAUCAGAUCGAGCAGAGUUGAACAGAAGAAAAGAUCACAGACAUCAUCAGACUAUUAAUGAUUAAACAUAUAUUAUAGUUAAAUGAAACCAAUAUGUUUACUAACUUUUUUAUUGUUUCUGCUCUGUAUAUAAAGCACUCAGAAGAUAUUAUUACUUUAAAUAUUAGGGUAGCCGAUUUAAAAAUAUGAAAAUUCUGCCAUCAUCUACUCACCAUCUUGAUGUUUUAAACCUGUAGUUUUUUAAUCUGUUGAACACAUGCUGAAUGUACAUAAGUGCUAAGAAUUAUCGGAAAAGCAACUCAGAUAAUUCGGUUUUUAUA